AAAAGACAUCCAAGUACAGCCCCAAUAAUGAAACGGAACAAACGAGAAGUUAGCGAUAUUUCAUAAAGUGGCUUGGUAGCAACAACAUGGCCGUCACUCUCUCAGAUUUGGUUGUCAAAAGUAUAUCCAACUUACCAAAGAAUGAGGGUAAGGCGUUUUUGGCCAGUCAGUUGAAGCUGACAUGCCUAGAUGACGAUGAUAAUCUAAGGAAUGCUAUUUAUGUAGACUUUCUGUACGACAACUUAAUGUUUGCUGUAGAGAAAGGAUUUACAUGGAGACAAGUGUGUACAGUGGUGACUUUUUGUGAUGGAAUUCUUAAAGACUCAAAAGACAAAGACAUCACAGAUGCCCUACAGUUUCUUAAACUUCAGUCUUUUGAGUUGGCAGAUGUACUUGGUCAAAGAAAUUUUCCUAUUUACACAGACUUUGUAUUCCAGACCUAUCUCAGACACUUUAAACUGUUUAAAUAUGUGUUUACACAAGAAAGAGACAUUUUGAAGCCUACUGUGUCCCUACGAGUUGAGACUCCCGCUGACCCGGGCAGCAUGAAACAGAGCAAGCCUGAGCUUGUGUGGGAGUAUGAGAAACAGUACGAGAACAUACAGAGGGAGGAAGCUGAGCAUGCCAACAAACGACUAGAGGAGAAAGCCAAAACUUUGGAAACUGCAGAGAAACAAGCGAAAGAACGACUGGAUAAAAUAAGUGGGGUUCAGGAGCCCCUCUCUAAGGAGAAAGUGGGCGAGUUAAUCCAGGAGAUCAUUGGUUCCUACUCCUCCCUCGUCGUGGAGAAGGUCAAGUGUAACAUCGCCGACGUACAGGAGGACCUCGAGUUCAAGCUGGCCAGGACCAGAUUACCGCGGCCGCAGGCAUUAGGCCCUCCACCAAGAUUUAACCUGAAGCCCAAAACGCCAGUACCAACACCCAAGAAAACGCCCCCAAAGAGCCCCAAAAGUGAGCGCAAGAAGUCUGGCAAUUCUCGAUCCAAAAGUCGAAAUAAGUAACCCAUUUGGAUAACAUUAUUUUGGAAGUACAUUCUUUAACUAUUGCUCUGAUUAUCUGGAAUGUUAACGAUGAUACAGUCAUUAAAAAACUUGUCUUAAUAUUGCAUCCAUCAUCUUGUUGAAAUAUUGUAACUUCAUAAACUUACAUACACAUGUAUAUAUAACAAAAUAAAUUAUUUAUAAUGGCA